ACAGACCCACAGCUAAUGCGGCUGGACAACAUGCUCUUAGCAGAAGGGGUAGCUGGUCCUGAGAAAGGAGGUGGUUCUGCAGCGGCAGCGGCAGCAGCAGCAGCCUCAGGGGGUGCCGGUUCAGACAAUUCCGUAGAACAUUCUGACUACAGAGCAAAACUCUCACAGAUUCGGCAGAUCUACCACACAGAGCUGGAGAAGUAUGAACAGGCAUGUAAUGAGUUCACAACCCAUGUGAUGAAUCUGCUGCGGGAACAGAGUAGGACUCGGCCUAUCUCCCCCAAAGAGAUAGAGAGGAUGGUCAGCAUCAUCCACCGCAAGUUCAGCUCCAUCCAAAUGCAACUCAAACAGAGCACGUGUGAAGCUGUCAUGAUCUUGCGGUCUCGAUUUCUUGAUGCACGGCGAAAGAGAAGAAAUUUCAACAAGCAGGCUACAGAAAUUCUCAAUGAAUAUUUCUAUUCUCAUCUCAGCAACCCUUAUCCCAGUGAGGAAGCCAAAGAGGAACUAGCCAAGAAGUGUGGCAUCACAGUCUCACAGGUAUCAAACUGGUUUGGAAAUAAACGAAUCCGGUACAAGAAGAACAUAGGUAAAUUUCAAGAGGAAGCCAAUAUUUAUGCUGCCAAAACGGCUGUCACUGCUACAAAUGUGUCAGCCCAUGGAAGCCAAGCUAACUCACCCUCAACUCCCAAUUCAGCUGGUUCUUCCAGUUCUUUUAACAUGUCAAACUCUGGAGAUUUGUUCAUGAGCGUGCAGUCACUCAAUGGGGAUUCUUACCAAGGGGCCCAGGUUGGAGCCAACGUGCAGUCACAGGUGGAUACCCUUCGCCAUGUUAUCAGCCAGACAGGAGGAUACAGUGACGGGCUCACAGCAAGUCAGAUGUAUAGUCCGCAGGGCAUCAGUGCUAAUGGAGGUUGGCAAGAUGCUACAACUCCUUCAUCGGUGACUUCCCCCACAGAAGGCCCUGGCAGCGUUCACUCUGAUACCUCCAACUGA